GCUUUCUUUCCCAUCUUUUAGUUCACACCAAAUUUGCUGGAGGACACUUAGGGCUGGUGUGUGGCUGGGGUUGUCUGCACCAUGAACAGCUUCAGGACUACAAUCCUCCUCUGGACCAUAGCAGUAUGCACAAGACUAGACAAGUCUCUGGGAGAGACAGAUGAAGCUGGAUUUCAAAAGUGCAAGGAUGCCUUGAAACUACCUGUCCUGGAGGUCCUGCCUGGAGGGGGCUGGGAUAAUCUGCGGAAUGUGGACAUGGGACGGGUAUUGGACUUGAGUUAUACUAACUGUAAGACCACAGAGGAUGGACAGUACAUCAUCCCUGAUGCAAUCUUUACCAUUCCUCAGAAACAGAGCAACUUGGAGAUGAACUCAGAAAUCCUCGAAUCCUGGGUGAAUUACCAGAGCAGCACCUCGUUUUCCAUCAAUACGGAGCUCUCCCUCUUUUCCAAAGUCAAUGGCAAAUUCUCUGCUGAGUUUCAGAGGAUGAAGACCCUUCAAGUGAAGGACCAAGCUGUAACCACCCGAGUUCAGGUAAGAAAUCUGGUCUACACAGUCAAAAUCAACCCAACUUCAGAACUUAGCUUGGAGUUUAAGAAGCAGCUCAUGGACAUUUGUGACCGUCUAGAGAACAACCAGACUAGGAUGGCCACCUACCUGGCAGAACUCCUGGUCCUCAACUAUGGCACCCACAUCAUCACCAGUGUGGACGCUGGGGCAGCUCUUGUUCAGGAGGACCAUAUCAGGUCCUCUUUCCUCCAGGACAGCCAGACCAGCCACACUACUGUGACAGCAUCUGCUGGAAUUGCCUUCUUAAACAUUGUAAACUUCAAAUUCGAGGAGAACUACAUCUCUCAGAAUGCCCUGACCAAGAAUUACCUCUCCAACCGAACCAACUCCAGGGUGCAGAGCAUUGGAGGGGUUCCGUUUUACCCAGGCAUUACUCUCCAAGCUUGGCAGCAGGGCAUCACCAAUCAUCUGGUGGCUACAGACCGUGCUGGCCUGCCUCUGCAUUUCUUCAUCAAGCCGGACAAACUGCCUGACUUGCCAGGCCCCUUGGUGAAGAAGCUGUCUAAGACUGUGGAAAACGCUGUGAGACGUUAUUAUGCCUUCAAUACCUAUCCCGGCUGCACAGAUGUUGAUUCACCCAAUUUCAAUUUUCAGGCCAAUACAGAUGAUGGCUCCUGCGAGGGGAAGAUGACCAACUUUUCCUUUGGUGGGGUUUAUCAGGAAUGCACCCAACUCACAGGGAGUGGAGUUGUCCUCUGCCAAAACUUGGAGCAGAAGAAUCCACUCACUGGUGCUUUCUCCUGUCCCUCUGGCUAUUCUCCAGUCCAUCUCCUGUCUCAGACCCACGAGGAGGGUUACAAUCACAUGGAGUGUCAAAAGAAGUGCACCUUCUUUAUCUUCUGUAAGACAGUGUGUGAAGAUGUGUUCCAGGUGGCAAGGGCUGAAUUUAGGGCUUUUUGGUGCACAGCGAGUGGCCAAGUACCUGAAAACUCAGGACUUCUCUUUGGGGGCCUCUUCAGCAGUAAGAGCAUCAACCCCAUGACAAAUGCACAGUCAUGUCCAGCUGGCUACAUUCCACUGAGCCUCUUUGAGAGCCUCAAGGUAUGUAUUUCUCAGGAUUAUGAGUUGGGAUACAGGUUUUCAGUCCCCUUUGGUGGGUUCUUCAGCUGCACAGUUGGGAAUCCUUUGGUGACUUUUGCCAUGUCCAGUGACUUAGGGGCACCUUCUCUGAAAAAGUGUCCUGGGGGCUUCAGUCAACACCUAGCCCUCAUCAGCGAUGGAUGUCAAGUGUCUUACUGUGUCAAGGCUGGGGUCUUUACAGGGGGGUCCCUCCCCCCUGCUAGGCUCCCACCUUAUACUAGACCACCCCUCAUGAGUCAGGCUGCCACCAACACUGUCAUAGUGACCAAUUCUGAGAGUUCUAGAUCCUGGAUUAAAGACUCUCAGACCCACCAGUGGAGGCUGGGAGAGCCAAUAGAGCUGCGUAGAGCCAUGACUGUCAUCCAUGGGGACAGCAGUAGUCUAUCAGGAGGGGCAGCAGCUGGAGUCACACUGGGGGUCACCACCGUCCUGGCAGCUGUCAUCGCCUUGGCCAUCUAUGGCACCCGGAAGUACAAGAAGAAGGGAUAUCAGGCAAUAGAGGAGGAGAGGCAGAGAUUGGCUCCAAGCUUUGCAGCAACUGGAGACACCCCAGACCAAGAUCAGGAGGAAAAUCCAGCUUAAAUUCCUACAGCAGAGUUUCUGUCAUCUUGGACCUAGCUUCAAGCAUGUGUUACAUUAUUUCUUUCUCUACUUCUGCCUUCCUAAGUAUUGAAGUGACAAAUGCAGCAAAAAGCAGGUAUAACUUUGUGACUUCCUGUUUAAGUCUGUGGACCAGGAAAUUAAAGGAGCUAUAUGAACAAGGUUGGGUUAGGGAGAGGGAGCAAUUGUGACUCAUUCAACAAAAGCCACUGUGGGCACUAACACAUAAUGGGGGUGUCACUUACUUGUCACUUAUUUUCUUCACCUGAAUGCACGUGUGUAAAGAGAGGGGAGGGGGAAUUGUGGACAUUUGGAUUUGGAAACUGCAUUUUGUCUCAGUUUGUAGUUGUUUCCAGUUUGUGAGCUGUCAGAAUCUGCCUUAAGCACCACCCUCCCUCUAUUUUAUCUUUUAAAAGCUAUUUGGGUUUCAUGCUCCCAGAAGCUGACAGAGCCCUGAAAAGAUAAAGGAAGUCCUUCCUGGCCAUGGUUUUUUAGCUUCAAAGUUUAGCUCCCUGUUGAUAGACUGUGUUGGUUGUCUUAAAGAAAAGAUAUUGUUUAUACCAAUUCCACUUUUUGCAACUGACCCACAGUUAGGACUUACUUAGAUCAUACCACUCUUGGACUUCUGUCUAGUGUCACCAAGGCCUCAGAAAAUAUUUUAACUUCUAUUACGAGGCCAAGAUCAAAGGGAUGAUGGCGAGACAAGCAGUAACUUAAGAAAAACAUUCUGGUGCUCUGGGAAACUUGGAAUUCUUAUCCAACUGACUUAGCUCAUCAUAAAUGAGACACUGAAAGGAGCUAUAGUUCAUUAGAUAGAUCAAGCAUUAUGGUUUCAGGUUCUAUGUUAACAGAAAACAAUUCCUUCUCUUCUAU